AUGAGACUUGCGCACCUCCACCUCCCCCAUCAAACGCCCUUCGCCCGCGUCUCAGCCCUCCAACAAUCCCUCACCAGCCGACUCCUCACACACAAAAAGCUCGCCUCCCCAGGCUCUCUCUCCUCGCAAUACGAGCACUCCCCAUCUUCCAAAUCACCCCCUCCACCCCCAGACCCAACAAUCAUAACUUUCACCCCGAACCCCGUCUACACCACCGGCCGGCGCGAUCUCCCCCCAUCCAACACCCCACCCUCACCAACAACGCUCUCUCUCCCACCACCUCUCGAGCCAAUUCGCUCUCUCUUCGCAUCUAACAAGGCCGAAUACCACCCCACUCUACGUGGUGGCCAAACAACAUACCAUGGCCCAGGCCAGAUGGUCGCGUAUACGAUCCUCGAUCUGAAAAGAUUGGGGCUCUCACCUCGGUGCCAUAUACGUGUUUUGGAAAAUAGCGUCAUCGAUCUACUGGCUUCUUAUGGGGUGAAGGGGUUUACGACAGAGGAUCCGGGUGUGUGGACGGGGGAUGGGCCGAGGAAGAUCACGGCGGUGGGGGUGCAUUUGAGGCGGAAUAUUAGCAGUUUUGGAAUUGGGUUGAAUGUUACUGAGGAGCCGAUGUGGUUCUUGAAGCAGAUUGUUGCUUGUGGGCUUGAGGGGAAGGAGGCGACGAGUUUGCAGGGUGUUGGGGUUCAGGCUGGGCUUGAUGAUGUUGCGAAUGGGUUUGUGGAGCGCUUUGUAGAGCGUGUUAAUGCGGAUUUUGCUUGUAGUAAAGGUGGGGAGAAGAUUGAUGAGGUCUAUAGGGUUAAAGAGGAGGAUCUUUUGCCUUGA